AUAAGAGAUAACAUCACGUAUUUUGAGAAGUGACAGGUGCGCGCAAAAUAUAUAAAUUUCAGAUAAAUCAUGUCAGUGACGUCAUGUCAUCUUAUGUUUAUCGUUACCUGAGGUCGUAAUUGGUGCUACUGGAUGAAAGUUUGGAGUAUUUAAAUAAUUAUGGCUGAAAACAACAGACCUUCAAGAAUUGCCAGGCCUAAUAUCCCAUGGUCUAUACAACAGAUUCACCAGAAUUCCCAUCAUAUAGCUUCUAGUGCAACACAACAUAUUCAUGAACUGCAUGAUUAUGUGAUACAAGGUUUAAGUCCUUUAAUUACUUCAGCACCUAUACGGUCAAGCAGAAAUUCUCCUACUCAUUCAGCUUGGUUUGAGACAAUAGAUAGUGCUAAUCCUGUUAUCAGAAAUACUGAUCUAACUGAUGUAGCAUCGUCUGGUAACUACGUGAUAGAUAUUGAAUCACCUGAAGUGGACUCGUAUAAUAAUCCAAAUGAAUCAUCAUCAAAUUCAUUAUCGGCUGCUGAAUCAGCUGAUGCAAAUAACAGAUCUAACGAUUCAGAUCAAGGAGCGUCAUUGAGGAAUACGCCAGAAUUACAAGCUUUGUUUGCGUUUGCUGGAAAAUAUGUUCCUUUUUUAUUAGUUUUGUUAUUCAAAUUAAUGUAUGACCAUAGGAUAGGUAUCUUAGUCAACAUUGGUCUUUUCAUCACAUUUUUUCACGCAAAUACAGUGGUAAAAAGAGAAGUAUCCAAACAGGGUAAACGUCGGCUCAAGAGUUUGCUAUUAAUUUUUGUGAAUCUUGUCAUGUCAAUUCUGGUUAUAUAUACUAUACUUGCAGACCACAAUUUGGCUUUUGCGUUAGUAUUUGUGCCACCUUAUACUGCUCCAGUAGAUAUAUGGUUUGUGUUAUGGAUUGUUUCCAUAACAGAUUUUGUGUUGAAAUUAAUUACAAUACUUUUAAAAGUCAUAUUUGUUGCUCUGCCUGCAAAACUGAUUGCAUACCAAAAGAAGGGAAAGUAUUACCUGUUUAUUGAGCGCACAUCCCAAUUUUAUCGUACAUUAGCUCCAAUGCAACAUUGGUUGUAUUUCUUCUCGGAAUCAUAUUCUGGCCCUAGUAAAGUGUUUGGUGUUAUACUUUCUGCAGCAUAUCUAAUAUUUAAAUGUAAAAGUAUUCUGAGAAAAGCCAAAUUAUGGAAGAAAACUCUUCUACAAGUCAUUCAGAGCAAGACAUAUGGAGUUACACCAUCAUCUGUUGAAAUCAAAGAAGCUGGUGAUGCAUGUCCAAUUUGUCAAGAUGAUUAUAAGUCCCCUUCAAUGUUACAGUGUAAACAUAUAUUUUGUGAAGAAUGUGUUGCUUUAUGGUUUGACAGAGAACGUACAUGCCCAAUCUGUCGAGCACAAAUAGCAGAUGAUCCCACAUGGCGAGAUGGCUCUACCACAUUGUUGCACCAAAUCUUCUAAAUAUUUGUCGUAAUAUUUUAAAUGUGAAUAUUCUAUUGUAUUAAUUUAAUGUGAAUAAAAAUUGUUUUUAUUGUUGAUUGAGAAA